GCGACGCUGUGGCGGUCCGUCCUGAAAAUGGGCAAACACAAAGUUCCGCAACAGGAAACAAGUGACAUAGUAGCUAGUUAAGAUACCUAACUUUGGUAUGAAUAUAAUCACUUCGAAAUCAAACCCCCACUGUUUGCCUGUAGUGUGCAUACCGAUGGAUACCGAAAAGGUGCAGGGUCAAACGGAAGAGAAAUACGAAGACAAAUUUACGAAGGAAGACCAUGGAACAGCUUGUAUGGGCUCCCAAUCUCCAUUCGGAACACCCUGUCCUCUGGCCCGUAAGGGGCAGGGCCUGCGCUAUGUGAAGGGCAAUCUCUUCUCCUGCCCUGCCGACGAGUCUCUGGCUCACUGUAUCAGUGAGGACUGCCGCAUGGGUGCUGGCAUCGCUGUGCUCUUCAAGAAGACCUUUGCCGGGGUGGACGAGCUGAAAGCGCAGCGGAAGACCCCUGGAGAGUGUGCGGUGCUGAGGAGAGGGCAGAGAUUCAUCUACUGUCUGAUCACCAAGAAGAAGGCCAGCCAGAAGCCUACAUAUGACACCCUGAGACAGAGCCUGCAAGCCAUGAAAACACACUGUCUGGAGAAUGGAGUCACCAGACUCUCCAUGCCAAGGAUUGGCUGUGGAUUGGAUCGUCUGACAUGGGGGAAAGUGUCUGUGAUGAUUGAGGAGGUCUUCCAAGACGCCAAUGUCAGUAUCACAGUGUAUACUCUAUGACACUAUUUGGAAGACUUGGA